AUGAAGGCUGUUCCGAGCUUGCUUUUGUUUUGGUUCCUGUGUUUGUUCCGGUCGACCGUGGUUGCAGUGGACGACGAUGUAGCCGAGACGGAAUACAAGUUUAGCAUAUCGAUGCCUGAUGAUAAUAGUGGUCGUCUAUUGAGACAACAGCGAAAACGACGAAUAUCCAAUGCGGCCGCGCCGUUGACCCAGGCGACCACCACAACGGGAGCAGCACAUCAGGUUGGCAAGGAAUCAAGACCCGAGAAGAAGGCAACAAUGACGACUAUCAGGGACGAUAGAAGGUUGAAGAGUGACAGCAAGAACAAGGAUAAGACGGGGGCAACAGUCAAUCCAAUGACGGAAGAAGACAAGUUAUUCUGGGACCGACUGCUAUCUGAUGAAGUGGCAAGCAUAUUGCCGGCAGAAACCAGACCUCCUGUACCUUGUCCCACAAGAAUUGACGUCGAUUGCAUGACGGUGGAUGGUGGCAAUCCAUGCACCUCGGUGGUUCCUCCCGCAAACGGCACGGGCGACGAUUGCCUGGUGGAGGUUGAAUUCAUCUAUACGAUUUCCAAUGACGGCACGGAAACGGAACGGAUCUACUCCCUUCAGGUCACACGAGGGUUGGAGUCCAUUGUCAUUACGGAUAUUCCCGAUGCCAUUCCCACGGUGGAUUUGCCACCGGGUGACGUGAUCGUGGCACCCGUUCUGCGAGAGAUUGACGUGUGUACGGAGACGGGAAUUGGUGCCUUUAACACCGUGGCAAAGCUCUUGACGGGACCUCCCUCGUCCAUUAGUGUUGAAAUUACCUGUGUGUCGGAAGAAGGAGAAGAAUGCCAGCGAAUCUCGCAAGCACCGACACCGGAUGAUUGCUUGCUGGAUGUUAUUUACACUUACACUGUAGAGAAUACUGGAGUUGCCGACUUUAACAUUUUCGAGUUCACUCGUGCUCGGGACGGCGAAUUUGCCAAUCUCAUGCCCUUGCUGGAUACCGUGUUUUUGGCCAGUGAUGCUACCACAGCAGUGCAGGAGAGGGAAGAGAUUGACCGGUGUGUAUCUCAAUCCUUUUUCACGCAAGUGAAAGUGAGAAAGGUACCAACCGUAGACUUGCUAUGUGAGGAUCGAGAUACUUACCCAUAA